AAGGCUGAGACGCGCCCAAUGUCAAUGUUCAAACACAAGGUAAUAAAUGUAAGUCCGUAUCUACCAUUUUCUUCUUUUUAUCUUGAGAUCUCAUUUCAAAUGAACGUCUAAAAUUAUCAAUUGAUCAGUUUCGACAAUCUAUUGUUUCGUUGUUCUUUGUGAAUCCAACGUUGAAACUGUUCGCAUUACCCCUCCAUCAUAUACCUCAUUUCACAAUUCUCCAACAUGAAUUUCUAUGCUGGUGCAUUUCUCGUAUUGAUAUCAGCAUGCGCUCUUCUUACAUGGCGACAAUAUCAUAUGAAGGAAGAGUCGGCAGAAGAUAAGAGAAAUACGAAUGUUUCCACCCCUCUUGCGAAGGCAGAAGCAAGCCGCUUCAUCAAACUAUUCCUUACUGUUUACUGUCUUGUGAUGGCAUCAGAUUGGCUUCAAGGUAAUUCAUAUUCUUCAAGCAACCUACUAUUACUAAUGCGCAUAUAGGACCCUACGUUUACAGUCUCUACAAAGAUCAAUUCGGACUCGACGAGAAAAUCGUAGCUUUACUCUUCACAACUGGAUUUCUAUCCGGUGGCAUAUCUGGAUACUUCGUGGGUUCAUUCGCAGAUAAAUAUGGUCGCAAAUCAGCAUGUCUCAUCUUCUGCUUCACCUAUUCGCUUUCUUGUUUUUCGACUCUCUUUCAUAGCGCUCCAAUUCUGUUUGUUGGACGAAUAUUUGGAGGUUUAAGUACGAGUUUGAUGUUCAGCGCUUUUGAAAGUUGGAUGGUUACGGAAUAUCAUAAGAGGAAUAUACAAAAAGCUGGAAUGAGUUUAAAUAGCCUUUUUGGAGUUAUGUCUACUUUGAACAGUGUUAUGGCCAUUUUAUCGGGUGUGUUUAGUGAGUGGUUGGUUCAGAUUACGGAUGAUAGGAGAAUGCCAUUUAUGGCCUCUGCUUUUCUUUUGGGGAUUUCCGCAUAUAUUAUAACCAUAUGUUGGGUAAGUCUUUCCAUACUGCAUGGAAAUUUCUUUACACAUAGCUAACAGUAUCUCUUACAGACCGAAAAUUACGGUGACAGCGCAACCACAACCCAAAAGUCGCCUCUCAGCGCCUCAAGAACUUCAUCAACCUCACCUAAUGCCAACCCUCCCUCUCGCACUCCCAAAACACCCCUUUCAACCUCCUCAGUCCUAAGUCUAAUCUUCACUAACCCUCGAAUUUUCACCCUUGGCCUCGCCUCCUGUUUUUUCGAAGGUAGCAUGUACCUCUUCGUUUUCUUCUGGACACCCUUCCUAAACUCCACUCAACCAUCUUCAUCUUCACCUCCACUCCCACUCGGCAUGAUUUUCGCAAGUUUCAUGUCUUCAGUCAUGCUUGGAUCUCUAAUUUUCACCCAUCUCUCCUCAACUUUCCAAUCACUCACUCAAACUCGCCUUUUAACCAUCGUCUUCGCUCUAUCUUCUAUCUCAUUACUAUUUCCUCUUCUCACUAAUAAUCAACAUUAUACUUUCUACGCAUUCUGUAUUUUUGAAGCCAUGGUUGGUAUGUAUUUUCCUAGUGUAGGUUCUUUGAAAGGAGAAUGGGUGGAGGAUGGUGUUAGAGCGAGGGUUUAUGGGGCACUAAGGGUUCCAUUGAAUGUUUUUGUAGUCAUUAGUUUGGCUUUGGUAAGGGAAGGAGAGGAGUAUAGGAGAGGUGUGUUUUUGAUUUGUGGUGGAUUGUUGGUUGCAAUUAGUGGUGUAUUUUAUAGGUUUGUUAGGGAGAAUUAGAUGUGCAACAUUAUGACAUGGAGUAUACCCUCGAGUUGUUUUGGGUAGGAAAUGGGUUAGGAUAUAGGUUUAUCUUGCUCGUCUAAGCUACAUGUUCGCAUAUCAUGGAGUCUGGUCACUAGGUUGGAAUAGGGAAUAUCAAGUCUUAAAAUUACUUAUU